UAGCAGAAUUGCAGUGCAUUGGACUGUACAGAACUGGGUAGCAUCCACACUGUCUAUGAGGGUGCGGUCCGGCUGCACUGAAAGCAACAUCACAGACAGAUAGAGAGAGAGGAGCAAUAAGGAGAGAAGAAGAGAAGGGGGAGAGAUAUCACCACAAGAGGAAUACAGCAAGGGAUGAAAGGAGACACCCCUGUGAACAGCACCAUGAGUGUCGGGCAGGCCAGGAAGCUGGUGGAACAGCUGAAGAUUGAAGCCAGUUUUUGUCGGAUCAAGGUUUCUAAGGCAGCAGCAGACUUGAUGGCCUACUGUGAUGCCCACGCAUGUGAGGACCCUCUCAUCACCCCUGUGCCCACCUCAGAAAACCCCUUCAGGGAGAAAAAGUUAUUCUGCGCUCUCCUCUGAGCAGGAAACAGGAAGAGCAGAAUUAGCCCAAUUUAGAUUUAAUGAUUUGUGUAUGCACAUCACACGACACAACACUUAACAAAACACAACACGGCAUUACACACUCAAAAUCAGGAUGAAAUCAAUUGACAGCACUACGGACAAAUAUCUAUGAUGUUUUGGAGGAUAUUGUUAUUCUCCUGUUUUAUAGGAAACCUUGUUCCUUUUCAUUAGGGCAGGGGUGUCCAGUUCUGCUCCUUGAGGGCCAUCAUCCUACAAAAUUUACCUCCAGCACACAUGAACCAGCUAAUCUAAUAAACUCUGCGUUUGAAAUCUCAUACUGUGACAGUAUGUACUAAAUUAAAUGAAUUACCUACUUCUUUAACAAUCAAACAGUAUGUGCUAUGUAGUAUGUGUGGGUGCACAUUUUUGGACAUACUACAUCUGUCAUGUUUGGAUCUUCAUGUGACCCGUAAAAACAACCGUGAAAUUAAUUUACAAAGGUGUUGUCAAACUAGUAUAGUUUAGUUGUGAGGAAUGUAUUUCUUGGUACUUAUAUCACUUCAACGUGAUAAGUUCUUCUCAGCUCACGUGGCCUCAUGGGUUUAAAAAAUGUCCAUCCGAUGCAUACUUAGAAGUAUUGGCAGAACUAAUAGACCUAACGGACCAUUCCGAUAUUUCUGUUUCAGACAUACUACUCAUUUCACAUACUAUAUACUAUGGUAUGCUAUAAGUAUGCCGUUUCAGAUGCAGGGUAGGUCAAGAUACCAUAAAAUUACCUGGCACGAAUGUGUGAUUCGGGUUGGAGUUAAACUAGGUUGGAUGGUAGCCCUCCAAUAAAAUCACUGGAAACCCAUGUGAAAUUCAAAAAUACUGAUAAGAAAAAUAAGAUGUAAACUUAUCAGUUAGAAUAACAAACACACACUGCAAGCACACAAUUUUGUAAUCAAUCAAAAGGAAAACGGCGUGGGACUGGAUACUUCAAUUAUUUACGAUUUCAAACAUUUCAUUAUGUUAUGGAGUUCUUCACAUAGCGUACUUUGGUGAUUUGCAAACUCUGUAUGUAUAUUAUGAUUUUUUAAAAUUAUUUUGUUUGAGAUGGCCAUGUAUGCUGGUAGACAUUUCUGGUUAACUGUUAAAGCUUUUAUAGUUUAAUUACUGUAAGAAAGUGAGACUACUAAUCACUGAAAAUACCACCAGUAAAAAUCCCCCUAAAGGGGUCUAUGAGGAAA